CGGAGAACUGACAGCUCUGAAGCUUCCGCGACAGGCAUAAACAUCACGCCGUUAUUCCUUUAAUACACAACUGAGAAAAGGCUAAACAUGGACAGCGAUGAUGACAACAUGGAAGAAGUGGUGGAAGGACCACUGGAUGAGGAUGACCAGCCUCAUGGUUUCUGCACUGUGACCUACUCCUCCAGUGACAGAUUUGAAGGACAUUUUGUUCAUGGCGAGAAGAAUGGAAAAGGAAAAUUCUUCUUUUUUGAUGGCAGUACACUGGAGGGUUUCUAUGUGGACGAUGCUUUGCAGGGUCAGGGUGUUUACACAUACGAGGAUGGAGGAGCAUUACAUGGGUUCUACGUAGAUGGCGAGCUAAAUGGACCUGCUCAAGAGUUCAAUUCAGACGGUCAACUAGUCUUCAGGGGACGAUACAAGGACAACAUUCGCUAUGGCAUGUGCUGGGUCUACUAUCCGGAUGGAGCCUGUGUUGUGGGAGAAGUGAAUGAAGAAGGAGAAAUGACUGGAAAGGCAGUGGCUUAUGUGUACCCUGAUGGCCGUACGGCUCUGUAUGGCUCUUUUGUUGACGGAGAGCUGAUCGAGGCUCGGCUUGCGACUCUUACAACCCAAGAGAACAGCCGGCCGCACUUCACUGUUGAUCCAGAUAGUCCUAUUUACUGCUAUGAUAAAUCCACUUCAUCCUGUAUCGCUGGUCAUAAACUGCUGCCUGACCCCUACGAAAGUCAACGUGUGUAUGUGGGACAGUCGCUUAUUUCCGGAGCUGGAGAAGGGCUUUUUGCACAAACGGAGGCUGAGGCUAACACUGUGAUGGCUUUUUAUAAUGGUGUCCGCAUUACACACACUGAGGUGGACAGUCGUGAUUGGUCCAUGAAUGGGAACACCAUUUCAUUGGACGAGGACACUGUGAUUGACGUUCCUGCACCUUUUAAUAUGACAGAGAAUUAUUGUGGAUCUCUUGGUCACAAGGCCAAUCACUCCUUCUCUCCCAACUGCAAAUACGACCAGUAUGUCCAUCCUCGUUUUGGCCAAAUAAAAUGCAUCCGAACAAUCCGAGCUGUGGAGAAGGACGAGGAACUCACAGUUGCUUAUGGUUAUGAUCAUGAGCCUUCGGGAAAGUCUGGUCCAGAGGCACCAGAAUGGUACACGAAGCAGUUUCUGGAGUUUCAGCAGAGGGAGUCAGGAAAAGGGGCAGACGAGACCUGCUAAGACUCCUCUGAACACCUGAAAGAUCUCCCACCCCAGCCUCCUACCACCAGAAACUCCUUUCACUAUCCUGCAGCUAACACUAACAUAUAAUCAAUCACACUUCUGAGCUGGUUUCUGGCAUCCUCGCGUUUACAAGGAUUGUAACUGUGAAGUCCUGCAAGCUGCAGAACUCUGUGCUUCUACAAUGUGGAAGACUUGUGUGUGUGUGUGUUUGUGAAUGCAUUGGUCGAGCUACAAGAAUAGAGAGCAAGUGUUUUUUAAGGGAUUUGGGGGAGUUUUUAAUGAAGUGGAUUGAAAAGUGUGAAAAACUAGUUACAAUUGAUUGAGGUAUACAUCCUCUUUACCACAAACUGUGAUAACUAUGCAGUAUUAAACCAGUAUGGUGUCUUUAGCUGCUCAUGUUUCCCCCACAAGCAUUUUAAACGAUGUAUUAUCAACAGUUGUUCUUGCAAACGAGUCUUAUUUAUCAUGUAUGGUUACCGUCAAGUACAGUGUUAUUCUGGCGCAGUCUUUUAUUUAUUUCAGAUUUUUUUGUUUGUGUAUUUGUCUUACACACACCAAGAGUAAAAGAAAGUUCAAGUAAGGUGUACUGUAUGCAUUGGGAAAUGAAAGAAAGGGAUGUGUUUGAGAAUAUGGUGCAAUGUUCAGAGGAAUCUUUUUACUGAGCUUCAUCCUUUGAUAUGCAGAAGCUAUCAACAAAGAAUUAUCAAUAAAAAUACUCCAGCAUAGAGCACA